AUGGCACGCAUCGUCCCUUGGCGCAUUGCCCCGCCUCCCCUCGUGGCGCAGCGCCUUGCCGCCGUGGCCUCGGCACCGCUGGAGGUGGUCGACGAGCCCGGGCCGACCUCGUUUGUGGUGGCCGACACCUCGGCCGGCCGUCCCGCCCGCCCGCCCAGCCACCUCAAGGGCGUCCUUGCUGCGCUGGGCGCUCCGCUCGCCCACACUGUCGGCCGCCGUAGCGGCAAAUCCCGCUCCGGCCGUAGAGGCACGCUCUUCCAUGUCUUCCUCGGCGACAAGCACGGGUGCUCAUGCGGCGAAUCCGACGCCUGCCUGCACAUCCUCUUUGUCCUCACUGCCGUCCUCGGCGUCUCGCCCUCGGAUCCGAUGGUCUGGCAGCUCUCGCUCAAAGAGCACGAGCUCGACGCCAUCCUCCGCGCCCGCCCCACCAAGCGGGUCCAGGCCAAGUCGCGCCGCCCGUACGUCCCGCCGCCGUCGCGGAGGUCACGCCGCGCGCUCCGCGCCUCGUACGCACCCACAGCCUCGCGCUCCUCGCUCCUCGACUCGACCGACGCCUCGGGACCACAUCCCACCCGCGCCGCGCUGGUUGCAGACUCGGCGCCCGGCACAGACUACGCCAUCGCUUCCGCAAAGUAUCCGCUCUCUACCGCCGCCCGCACCCGCCGCGGGCCGCCCACGCGCCACUCGGUCUCCAUCAUGGCUGAGCGCGUCAAGCCGCCGGACAUCUCCUCUAUCAUCCACCAUCGCAAGCAAGCGUUCAACCAGCUCCGCGACCUCAUUGACUACGAGGCCCAUCAGGCAGACCUCCUCCACUCGGAGCAGACCGCCACAGAGCGCGCACUCUCCAAGCGUGAGCAGCUCCUCGCCGCCCGCCGCGCAGCCCUUGCCGAGCAGUCAGACAUCCGCACCGCACACCACAACAUGGUCCUCGACCGCGUCUUUGAGCUCGAGGCCGAGCGCAAGGCUCGCAUCCUCGCCGAAGCAACCUCCAAGCAACAGCGCUUUGCCGAGGCUCGUGCAGACGUCCUCGCCCGCCGCUCACGCCGCCUCGCAGCCCGUCGCGAGCAGGAGGAAAUUCGCCUCGCAGAGGCCCGCCACUAUCUCCGCGAGGAGCAGGAUGCCCGCGCCGCAGACGCCCAGCGUAUGCUCGCCGCCUACGACAAGCGCGUCGCCGCCAUCCGCAACCUCCGCUCCGAGCGCGACCGCAUGUACUCUUCUGUCCGCGACGAAGAGGCCCGCUUUGCAGAGGCAAAGGAGGAGCUCAUGUCGCUCAUCCUCUCAUCUCGCGGCAAGGACUUUGACCCCUCGCGCUUUGCCGCCCUCGUCGACCAGCUCGAGGCCGAGUCCAACCAGCGCCUCAAGAAGACCUCCGCUCGGGUCUCCACACGCCUUGGCACCGCCCCAGACUCGACACGGCGCUCUCGCCGUCCCGCAGACGCAAACUGA